AUGCCAUCGGGCCACGUCAAAGCAACCGCCAACGGCACCGUCGUCGCCGAGUCGGACACCUACGAGCUCGUCGAGGGCAACGUGUACUUCCCGCCCGCAUCGGUCAAGACCGAGUACCUGACCAAGACGGACCUGAGCACGCACUGUCCGUGGAAGGGGGACGCGAGCUACUACAGCAUCAAGGUCGGAGACAAAGAGCUCACCAAUGCUGCGUGGUACUAUCCGACAGCCUUCGAAAAGGCGCAGCACUUCGAGGACUAUGUCGCGUUCUACAAGACAAAGGUAGACGUGACAACUGUGUAA